GUCUUUACUUGGACAAGCUAAGAACGGCCAUUGCCACUUGCCCCGAAGCUCAGCAAGAGGAGCUGGAGGGCCACUGUGCUCCAGAGCAGCUGGAGUUCCUCCGCUCCUUCGUGGCGCAACGCUUCCAACACCUCCACGGCGGCCUGAAGAUGUGCCAAAUCGGCUUCAAUGCGGGCCACAGCGCUGCCGCCUUGCUGGACCAGGCGCCGGAGGGUAGUGUGCUGCUCUCCUUGGACUUGGGCCAUCAUUCGUACACCAAACCUUUGGAGCGAGUGGUCUCCUCCUUGGCCCAGGAGCACGGGCAAACGCAUCUCCUUCUAGAGGGUAAUUCGGCCGAGAUGCUGCCAAGGUUUCGGCACAUCGAGUUCGACUUGAUCUUCAUUGAUGGGAAUCAUGCCUAUGAGGUCUGCGGCGGAAACACCGGACCGCUGUGCACUGGUCGCUGCCCAGUGGUCGCUCACUUGAGACGGCCACCGCCGGCUGAGGCCGUGAAGCUGGACAUGCUUCUUUGCAUGGAGAUGGCUACCCAGGAGCAGCUUGAAGAUGCGAGGGCCAGGAUGAAAGAAUUGGAUGGCCAGGAAGAAUAA